AAAUUAGUUUAAAAUAAAUAGAAAGGGGGAGAUAUAGAAUGUAGAUAUGGUAUUUUAAAAUUUCUUUGGGUGAGGGGAAGAUACUAUCAAGUAACAAAUCUCAAGACUCAAUCCAAUCACAGCCAUCAGACCAACACACAUUAGAAAAAGUUCAUUAAUAGCACAACACACAGGUGUAUACCAGGCCAUCUACACAGCCCCAAAACAUUGCUCUAGUUUUAUUGACAACAAUGAUGAGAGAAAAGGGGGAGGAGCCAAUUAUUGAUCGGUCAAGCCGUUAAUUAGGUCACACACUAAGCAUGCUAGUACGUUGAUGCUUUUUGUAUGUGUGUGUGCAACAGACACUGAGCGUGCUCUAAGAUACGUUUUUUUUUUUGGUCAACUAGGUGGCUUGGAGAAGGCGGAAUUUAUCUAGAAUCUAGAUGUAUAGGUAACACAGUUCACAAGCUAUCAUAGCUUUUUAGCCCCUUCCCCGGAAAAAAUAUUCAGUACUGACUUUGGGGCCUUUUUCUUUUGUCAGACUGUGUUAUAUAUAGACUAUAGAGAUAAUAGACUACAUAGAUUAAAGAUACUUAGGACUUAGAGUAAGUUAGAUCAGCGCAUGUUUUGUUUUUAGGUCAACCAGCCUGAUGCCUACUUAUGUACAGCUUAUCCUGUUGAAGAUGAGGAAUAUUAUAUUUAUUCUGAGCCUACUGAUCAUUCAGGUCUUAAGAUAUACACCACAUUUCAGAAGCCUCAGUUUGUGGCUGGAAUAUUUCUUUUGGCUAGUUUCAAAUUCCACCCCAAGUGUCAUGCAAAGUUAUCACAGGCUAUCAAUACAAUGGGACUUAUCAUGAAUAGGCAAAGGGAAUCCCCAAUGGCCACAAGUCAACAGGAAAUGAUGAGUUGUUCACUUACUGAUGAUAGUUUCUGAUGCAGGUCAACAGGCAAUGAUGAGAUGUGCAAUUAUUACAUCAUGUUCUACACAAAUAUUUCUGUAGCUGACUCAUCAGGAGAUUGUAAAUUCAAUGAUCUUACACCACUGACAGGAGAUAACUUUCCCAGAGAUGUUAGUGUUCCACUUCCACCCAAUUCAGCUCUUGAAGAAGCAGCCAUAGGAGUAAAUCCCCCAGAACAAAACAAUGGAACUGUCCACUAAUGUGUAAAAAUGGUCAGUCCUCAAUAAUGUUUGCCUGGGCUAAGAAUGCUCCUCCAACUGUCAUGCCCAAAGGUGUAGGUCUGAGAGUUGGCAGUAAAACUUCCAUUCAAACUAUUGUUGUACAAGUAAAGUUUUUAAAGAUUCAGAACCUGAAGAUCACUCUGGACUAAAAUUUUACACAACACAUCAGAAGCAAGAAAUUUCAAAAUGUGUAGUUUCCUACCUACUGCUGUUUAAAAAACAAAAGCUAUAUCUAGGGAGAGAUUGAAAAGAUGAAAGUGUUGAAGAUUAGUCCAUACAUAAUACUAUGGGCUAAUGAAUUUUUGACCCAGAGAUCUCAGAGGGUUGUUAGCCUAUCGCACAACCCCUGUGUCCCGGGGAGGGGGAUGCACUUUUUGUCUGGCCUCUUUCCUAACAGACCUGUCCGGCUUGGUAGUCACACCACGGCAAGGUAUGUGCAUCAGGUGACAGCCCCAGUAUGUUGCUGGUAUAUUUUUGUUGGCUGCUGGCUUCACCAUCCCACCACAUGUAAAUUUGUACCCUGUAGAUAUAAGCUGUACAUUCAGAAUGGACAAGAGUAUCUUUCCCUUUGCCUACAGAACACAUGCUCAUGGAUUAGGCUGCUAGAUGUACUUAUAACUCAAGUUCAAUGGAUCAUACUGUUGGGUGUUGGAUGUUCAUUUGGAGAAACCUAUAUUCAAUUCAUCAUGGCCAGAAGAGUCUAUUACAUUUGGUCAGGUGUGGCUAUUGACACAAGUGGCUCUAGAAAAUGGACUGCACAGUAUUUUAUGCCUCAUGGUAUUACAGCGGACCAUCAAGGCACUAUUUGGUUAACAGAUGUAGCAAUGCAUCAGGUUUUUAAAAUACCACCAGGUCAGACUGUACCAAAAAUGACACUAGGACAGAAGUUCCAACAUGGUGAAGAUACAAAUCUUUUUUGUAAACCUUCUGAUGUAUCUGUUCUUUUGUCUGGAGAGUUUUUUGUAUCUGAUGGGUACUGUUAUAGCAGAGUUCUGAAAUUUUCCAAAGAUGGAACUUUUUUGAUGUCCUUUGGGAAAAGGAACGUUCAGUUUGGUGCAGUUCCUCCUGUUGUGACAUUUGACAUCCCUCAUAGCAUCACUGUGUCAGAGGAGCAUCAUUUGGUUUGUGUGGCUGACAGAGAGAAUAAUCGCAUACAAUGUUUUGAUCUGGAUGGAAAUUUCAAGCAGGUCAUCAAAUGCCCAGAAUUUGGUCCACGACUGUUCGCUUUAGAAUAUUGUCCUGCACAUGGAGGUUUACUGUAUGCUGUGAAUGGGCCUGCUUUUGAGAUUUGUUGGAAAUGUGGAAUGUACCAGAUGUAAGGUUCUAUUUCAUGUGACAACAAAACUCAGCUUGGUUUAACUACAAAUAGCUAAUCUCUCUGUUUCAUUGUAUCAUAAUUAAAAUGUUAUGAAUGAAAAAAAAAUGUAUUUUUUGUAAAUUUAGUUACAGUUAUAUUGAAUAGAAUUAUUUAUGUUAGCAACUUUUGAAUGCAUCACAUAAUUUUAAUUUGACACAGAAACUGAAAAUCAUUUCAAUUAAAGAUUGUUGACUGUUGUUUCACCUCAGAUGAAUUGAUUACAUUUUAAGAGGUUAUCAGAUAUUUAUAUUUAUGACAUACAAUCUUUUUGUUAUGUUAUGAGUUGUUUUUGUUUUUAUUUUCUACAUGUUCAGGGUAUAAAGUUCUAGUGCAUACAUACGUAGAAUUGAUUACAUUUUAAGAGGUUAUCAGAUAUUUAUAUUUAUGACAUACAAUCUUUUUGUUAUGUUAUGAGUUGUUUUUGUUUUUAUUUUCUACAUGUUCAGGGUAUAAAGUUCUAGUGCAUACAUACGUAGAUUUCAACCCACAUUUUUUUAGUUCUUACUUAUGUAUUUAUGUAUUUACAUACAUGUACUAAGAACUAAUGUCUUUUUUUAUUAAAAUCAUUUGUAUCAUGAAAUAUUCCACUUGAUCUUUGGCAACUGCAUUUAAUUUAUGUAAUUCUUUGAUUUCUUUCUGGAAAUGAUCUGCUGUUUGAAUAUUUUAGUUUCAGCUCAAGGGCUGUGAUAAAAGUUUAAAAAAAAAUUUUUUUUUUGAUUAUACACUGUUCGUGUGAAAUUACAACUUAAUCAUUUUUUGUGUGAUCUUUAUAUAUUUGAACCAAUUUUUGUUUUAAAUUAGCACUAGUUAAAUCUGUUGAUCAGAAUUUUUUCCUCGGUAAUAGUUAUAUUUAUACUCAAACCCAUUUGAUGUUACUUCUGCAAAGAUUUAUAGACACUCAGAGGAAAUGAUAGUAUGGUAGACACAGCUAGACUUUUAAGGCAGAGUUUUGGAAUUCAAACUAAAAUUUUAAAAUAAAUCAAAAACAUUGAUAAACAAGCUGUUUACUGCUAGUUCAAUGCAUCAAUCCAUUGUCUGCCUUUGAUUUAGUCUUUUGUUCUUGAUUUCUAUGCUGCACUGUGUCAAUAACUUAACUUUUUUAAAGCAGUUCUAUUAAUCUCUUUCAAAUACUAUUUGCUUAUACUAAUCAUAAUUUAAGAUUAAAUGGGUUUGAUAUUUGUUUCAACUGGUGAUGGUCCCCCUAAAGUAUUGUAUUAGUACUUCAAAACUUACUUAUGUACAGUUUCAUUAAGCCCUAGCCUUUAUUUUUUACUUAUAUUUUUUAGGCUGUUGAAGGUUUAUCAAUUUUUUUUUUAUCUGGUGGAGACAUUUAACCAUUUUGUUUUUGCCACAAAAAAAAAAUUGAACUUGUCUGUUGUGAAAAAUGAAAUCAAAAGUGAAUGAAAGUUCAAAAUAUUUGUACUACUUUAUUGAUGUCAUGUUAAUGUUGUUUUGUGAUAUCUAUAUCAACAUUGUCUCUUGUUGAUGGGGUAUGCUAGACAUUGGUUCUAUGCUGUUGGUAAAAAUUUCUCAUCCUUCAUUGACUUCCAUUGUACUCCACCUUGCACUUAGAGUGUUUUAUGGAGUGCUAGAAAUCAAGAAAUUUAAAAAGUAUCCCAGUCAUAAUAGAAGUUUAUAGAUUUUUUAAACUAACCACAUUCAGAGCAUUUCAUUUUUACUUUGCUCUUUUUUUUAUUGUGUAUGUUCUUAAUUGUAAUCAACAUCUGACAGUGCUACAUAAUGUUUUAUUUAAUGACUGAGCAUAAUGCUUAAUUUGAUUUUCAUGUGGCUAAGAUUCAAGAAACAUGUUUACAAGUUCAUUGCUAAAAACACCUGGUGCAGAGUCAAUGUAAAUUUAAUCUCUGAAAUAAAAUGGGACUAACAAUGACUUUCAAAAUAGUGAUGUCAUUUGUUUCUCAAAUGUUAGUUGCAUAGAAAACAUGGACUGUGUGGUCUAUUUAUCUUAAUGUGUGUUUGAUGUAUUGUAAGGGAUCAUAUGUAACAGUUAUGGGUAUAGAGAAUAAAAUACAAAAUAUUAAACUCA